AUGUGCAAUAGGUCAGAUAGCAGGUACAAUACAACCUGGGACCCCUGUAUCGUCCUUAACUACAUAAAAACUUUUCCGAAGGACAUUUCCUUACAACAAUUAACUUAUAAAUUAGCAGCGCUUUUGGCUCUCAGUACAGGACAACGGGUACAAACGUUGGCUAGUAUUGAAAUCUCCAAUAUAGUGAUAGCUGAGGAUGGCAUCACCAUCAAGAUUCCUAAGCGACUUAAAACUUCUGGUUUAAAUAGAUUGCAGCCAACUCUAGUUCUGCCCUUUUACAAGACAGAUCCUUCAUUAUGUGUAGCCAAGUGCUUAAUUCAAUAUUUAAAUAAAACAGUGAAAUUAAGAGACACCCACUGCAACUUAUUAUUUAUUACCUUUAAGAAGCCUUUCAAAAAUGCAAAAUCUAGCUCAAUCAGUAGAUGGAUAAAAGUAGUUCUUAAAAAUAGCGGUCUUGAUACAUCCAUAUUUACUGCCCAUAGUACACGACAUGCAGCCACAUCUGCCGCGGCUCGCAAGGGAGUUAGUAUGGAUGUAAUUAGGCUGGCAGCAGGAUGGACUGACAAAUCAAAGACAUUUGCCAAUUUCUAUCAACGCCCGUUGAUAAAAAAGUCUAAUUUUGCCGAGGCUGUUUUGGGCUCAUAACCUGUUCACGAUAGGCUCCGACAACAACCUUGGCACUGAUUUGAAGAUGGACCCUUCAUGGCUGGUAGCCGAAACUGGCGUGUGAGGAGCAGACUGGGACACCGCCAUUUUGUGAUGAUUAUUUGGAAUAGGAUCAUGGUCGAUCGAUCGCAUGGACUUCAUGUUCUCCAAAGUUGGAGAUUCUGAAGAUCAACCUGAGCAGUAAGAAAAAUGGACGCAUCGUAAAUAAAAACUGAUCUGCAACUAAAUCUGGU